CCUACCUCUGCCGUGUGCACUGGACUCUCGAGAGCUUAACCCUAUUUCUGGAACCACGGUCGUCGUCGCAUCACCCGGCAUCUAAUCAAACAGAAAGGAGUUGCUGUCCCUUUUCCAGUCCUUUCCUGUCCUUUCCUCUCCUUGCCCUUCCUUAUCUUGGGAAGAAGGGCUCUUCCUGCGACUGCGUGCCAAGAAGAGGAUGAUUCAAACACUCUGCUCCUCCUCUCUCCUGUCCGUCUUGUCCUGUCGCACACUGCAUCAUUCCUCUGCAUAACAUUUGAACCUACUCUCGAAGCUUGUCCCUUCCUUAUUUGCUGGCCGUUGUCCAGGCUGAAAGAAGAACAACAACAACAAGAUGGCCUCCUCGGCAGAGAUCCACGACCCCAACGACGGCAUCCUGCGCCCGCGCCCGCGCAAGCCCGUCCACUCGCAGCUGUCGCAGCUGACCUCGAGCACCUCGGCCAGCACCAGCGGGUACCUGGACCACCACAAUGAGACCGGUGCGAACACCGGCCAGACAAGCGGCCGGUCGACGCCCGUCCCAGCCGAUGCCCUCCCGUCCGUCAAAGUCCUGUCGAGCGCCCGGCGGCAGGCCCGCGCCGAGCAGAAGCGGAGGAUCUUCCCGACCAUCGAGUUCGCCAGCCGCGUCUCGCACUUUGACCCAAACUCCGACUACCGCGACUUCCACGGCUUCUUCAACCUCUUCUGGGUCGGCCUGUCCAUCAUGGGCCUGACCUCCAUGCUGCGCAACCUCAAGGAGACCGGCUGGCCCUUCCGCGUGCAGAUCUGGACCCUGUUCACCAUCAAGUGGUGGCACCUGGGGCUGGUGGACUUCGCCAUGGUCGCCAGCGCCUCGCUCGUCUACCCGCUGCAGCUCUACGUGAGGAAGCAAAAGGCCGGCGGCGCCAUGACCUGGGCCAAGGGCGGCAUGGCCGUGCAGAGCAUCUACCAGGUCGGCUGGAUGGCCUUCUGGGUGGCCGCGCCGUUCGUGCUCGAGUGGCCCUGGACCUCGCAGGUCUUCCUGAUCCUGCACACCAUGGUCAUCCUCAUGAAGAUGCACUCGUACGGCUUCUACAACGGCCACCUCAGCGAGACCGAGAAGCGCCUGCACGACCUCGACAACCCAAAGACCGCCUCCCGCGAGCCCGCCUACCUCUACCCCACCGCCGAGAACCCCGGCGGCUCAGUGUCGAGCCCCAUACAUAGCAGCAAGCACGCCCACGCCGACCACGCCGACCACGCCGACCACACCGACAGCCAGGAGGAGGAGGAGGAGCUCGCCCAGCUGCGCGAGGACCUGGCCAGGGAGCUCACCAGCCCCAUGGGCAACGUCACGUACCCGGCGAACCUGACCUGGGCCAACUACGUCGACUUCCUCUUCUGCCCCACGCUGUGUUACGAGAUCGAGUACCCGCGCUUCGCCAGCAUCGACUGGAAGAACCUGUUCGCCAAGAUCACCGCCGUCUUCGGGUGCAUCUUCCUGCUGACCGUCAUCUCCGAGGAGUUCAUCCUGCCCACCCUGCAGGAGUCCCAGGCCCGCCUGCACGACCGGCCGGGGCGCCUCGAGUCGCUGCUCAUCCUGGCCGAGACGGUGUCGUGGCUGCUCUUCCCCUUCAUGCUGACCUUCCUGCUCGUCUUCCUCGUCAUCUUCGAGUACGUCCUCGGCGCCUUCGCUGAGAUCACACGCUUCGCCGACCGCCACUUCUACAGCGACUGGUGGAACAGCACCGACUGGAUGGAGUUCAGCCGCGAGUGGAACAUACCCGUCUACAGCUUCCUGCGCCGCCACGUCUACAGCGCCAGCAGGCCGCACAUCGGCCGCGCCUACGCCACCGUCAUCACCUUUUUGAUCUCCGCCGUCGGCCACGAGAUCGUCAUGGCCUGCAUCACCAAGAAGCUGCGCGGGUACGGCUUCAUCUGCCAGAUGCUGCAGCUGCCCAUCGUCGUGCUGCAGCGGACGCGCUGGGUCCGCGGCAAGAAGACAUUUAAUAAUGUUGCGUUCUGGUCUUCUAUGAUCUUGGGGCUGAGCCUGAUCUGCUCCCUCUACGUGCUCCUCUGAGCCAUCAUCCACCCACCUACCCCUUCCUCCGCUCACCAAAUAAACCGAGCACACACACACACACACACACACACACCAUAUUUGAAUCGAGAACAGGCAGAAAGGCGAGAACAGCAGCAGCAGCAUCCAUUAGAACACAGAUACCCACCCACCACGCCCAGACGAAACAAAGACACUCUUCUGUUCCCGGCCCGGGGCUCGACACGCGCGAGCGAGCGAGCCCUGUGCUGACCGAAUCAUCAUCAUUGUAUCGCAUUAUAUCACAUCUUUCACCUUGACAUUUUCAGGCGUUCAUUUUUUCUUCCUUUCGGCGCCGGGGGUUGGGUUUCCAAGGGUUGGGUUUUGCAUUGGUUGGAUGUGGCUAGAUGAGAAGGGGGGGUGGGGAGCUCCCAGCUGCGGUCGUUGGGAGGGCUCGCAAUCGGGGUUUCUGGAGGAGAUUCGCGCGGGCUCGCGGUCGGUCCAUCAUCCGGGCUUGAUUUUGGGUCCCGUCUCGUAGCAUAGACCAAUGCACAUUUUCCCACUCGCGCCAGACGUGAGAACGUCGACGUGGACUGACUACGCGGGAGUAUUUCCGGGAUGACGAGGUACCUAGGUACACAUGUCCUCCCUCCGGCUAGAUAUCCAUCCAGUUUUCCCCAGACCUGCUUGCUGUGGCGCGCGUGAUGUAUGGUUCACUUGACAGCAUCGAAGGCGACAGACAGAAAAGAACAGGUACAGAGGACUUCGUCGAUACCAAAACCUCUCGAGAAAGAAUCAUCAUCUUCCAAUUCAUGAUCAUCAUAGAUAGAUAGAUAGAUUGUCUAGACCGAACAAAGACUAGAUAGAGACCAAGACGAAAACCAAAGCCAAUGGCAAAACGAGCUAUGCUAUCGUCGAGAAAGAAAAUCCCCCGUGGCUGGACAUGACCUGUCGCGGGCGGGGUUGCAUCCUCAAUACUCCCUUCCUCUUUGUAAACGGUACUCCCCUCCUCCGUAUCCGCUGAUGGCGCCGGCGUGUGUGUGUGUGUUCGUCUCCCAGAUGAAAUGAAUGGCUGGCUGGUGUAUGUGUGGGUGAGGGCGCACUGUCAUGAAUGUAUGUAAUGUAAUGUGGUGUCGAACCUUUCGUAAUCGUCAUUUCCCGCGCGCUUUCCCUGUUCCUGUAGCUAUGCAUUGGUAGUGGUGGUAGUAGUAGUGGUAGUAGUAAUGGAUAGAUAUCGUUCCCCAAUAUCGCGGGCACGAGGAUGUUCUCAGCUGGGCCGGUUGGUCUAGACUUCGCGUGUACGUGUUGGCCUUGUUGGUGGGAAGGGGGGCCCGCAGGCAGAGUCCGCCAAGCAGGAAUGGGGAGGAUGAGGCUGUGAAGUGUGACUGACGCCGACGUGGUCGGACAGGACAGGGCCCUUUUCCAAGGCUCCCUGUCUGUCUGCCUGCAGUACCGGAUGCGUAUGAACGCUUCCGGGCCCCUUGGUGUUGCUGGCAAGCAGUCCAGCUCGACGAGCCACGUCACACUUCUGCCGCUCCAUGCCAUGGGAUGAUGUCGUCCCUCGAUCCAUAACUUGGCGGACUCGCUGCGCCAUCCCAACACCUCUGGUCGACACACCCACUUAAAAGUCAGAAACCAGCCCCGCUAAGCCUUUCCCCGUGACCCCCAAAAAUGAUUGUCGUUAACACACGUGGUUCGUUACUGCCUGUCACCUUCACGAUGCCCUUUCGUUCAUGUCCAGUAAGUAAAGCCCCCGAGAAGAGAAUGAUCCUUAAAACGCCUGAUAAAAUCGCAACCAUGACAAAAGUAGAGAAAUGGGGCUCCCGCCCUGGGUGGCCCGGUGCAAACGCCAAAAAAAAAAAAACCAAUGAAAACCCAUAUAUGGUAGGAAAGUCUGCACGAGAUCCGCUGUCUCUUCUCACCACGAUGUACAACUCGAGAUAGCACUCCAGUGUGUGUGAUGCAAGGACAGGGCCCUACAGCCUGUGACCGACAACUCGAAUUGUCAAAUCCAAAGACAAGAGUCCGUGACGGCGCGCAAUGACUAGCGGGCAGCAGCCGCCGUCCUGUAGUCGUACUGCGGGUGCAUGUACUCUGAGGUCAGCACGUCCUCCUCUCCGUAGUGCCUAGAGGUUGCCACAUUCUCAGCUCUAUACGCCGGCGUCGUUUUCACCUUGGUAAAGGGCACUCCCGCGCCAGUGUACGGGUCCCUGUACUUGGCGUCGAUGACCCUGGGGACGCCCGAGUCUCUGCUGCUGACGUGAUAUCUCGUCUGGAUGGGAGCCUGAUAGUAGUCCUGCACAUAGUCGUCGUCGAAAGACGACCGUUUCCUUGCCGACCUGUGCUUCUCAGCCGGCCUGCUGUACUCGUACUCGGGCUGCAUUGUAGCCGCUCGGUUCAGGGGCACCCGAGGCGGCAGAGGGGCGGCGGUCUGUGCUUGAGGUACGUAGCCAGGAGGCAUGGUAUGUGACUUCUGCAGACGCGGAGGGGCCUGUUGCGCGUGUGAUGGCGGCGUGACCACUUCGGGCUGGACCUCCGGCUCAGGCGCGUCAACGAUAAUGGGCUCAUCUUUGGCAUGUUUCCCAUCGCCAGACGGGCGCCGCUUCGGCGCCCACUUCUCGUUUGGAUCCGGAUAGGCGGCAGAGUACGUAGGCACCUCCGGCGUGUGCUUUGGUGAGGUCUUGUUCGUCUUGCUCCUGAUCUUCUCCAUGUACGAAGCUGCAAACGCCAAAUGCCCCUGGUACUUCUCCCCGCCGCCCACGGCGGCUUCGACAGGACUUGAUCGUUCUCGUUGCUUGGUCGACUUGUCCCGGCUCGGGCUGUCUGAUUGUUUCUUGGGCGAAGAAGACGACUUCUUGGCUCGGCUCCUCUGCACAUCGUCUUCUUCUUCGCUGUAGGGCGGGUGUUCAAGGUACGGUUUUGACUUGACUCUCGCCUUGUCUUCGGCUUCCUGCUUCCGUCGGGUCUCACGCUCCCUCUCUCGCAGCUUCUUGGCCUCUUUUGCCUCCUUCAACUUUGCCGCUUCGGCUCGCGCUUCGCGUUCCUUGCGUUCCUUGCGCAUGAGUUCUCGCUCUCUCGCCUCCUCGUUCAGCUUCUGUUGUCGCCUGACCUCUUUCCGCACGGCUUCCUCCUCCCGCUCCUUCCUCUCUCUCCGCCUAGCCGCCCGUUCGCGGUCUUCCUCGUCACGCUUCCUGCGCUCCCGGGAAUCCUCGCGUUUGGGCUUCUCAUAGCUGGCGGCCCGACGGGCACGGCGUUCAUCGUCGUGAUAGGCUCUUGACCGUGACGGAAUCUCGUGCUCCCAGGACUGAGAAAACUCCUUCGAGUAAGGCUUGUAAGGACUCGAUUUUGAUGUCGUGUGUUUUGAAGGGGACCAUCCCGGUGGCGGUUCUGCGGUCCGAAUGUUCACGUAGCGGCUUUGAGCCGGUGUGCUCGUGCUGACACCUCCACCCCUUUUGGCGAGCUCCUCCUUCAGCUUCUUGUGUUUGACCUCGAGAUCAUAGUCCUUCCUCCUGUCGUCGUCACCAAGGAUCUCGUAAGCCUGCUGCACCUUCUGGAACUCCUCUUGCUUCUGGGCCUUGAGCGUCGGGUCCGGGAACUUGUCGGGGUGACAUUUCAAUACCAGCUUCCGAUAUGCGGUCUUGAUGGCACCGGCAUCUGCGGACGGCUCGACGCCAAGUGCUCGGUAUGGGUCCGGAGGUAAAGGUGCGUUCAUGAUGGGUGGAAUGGGGGCACACAAAGGUUGGCCGUGGUAGAUGCAGGUGGGCAGCUGUCAAGAGACAGCAGCCUGAAAGACGUCUGUCUGGGUAUCCAGCGGAGGGCCUGGGGUAGGCAGACAGUAACGUGGUGCCCAACGGAGGGGAGCUGAACCAGUGGUAUUUAGUUGGGCGGGCUGUCCUGGUCCAGGUGGUCGGUAAAGAGAUGGCUGACACGUGGUUUAGCUGGAAAGGGAGCGGCCAAGGGAUCGGGAUCGUGUGACAAUGACGCUUAGCCGAGUUAAGCGCGCACACGAUGAGGGGAGUCUCCAGACGGCCAGGACAGCGGACAGCAGGAGAAGAGACGUAAUGAGACUUUCCGGACCGGUAUUAAAGAGAAAUGCGCAACAACGGACCUGUUAAAGGGGCGAAAGAAAAGGGAUGGGGAAGCGAAAAGCUGAAGGUCCAAACUCCCUCCCCUAAGGCUUCUCAGGGCUGGCCGGUAUGGAUUGGAUGGUCAAGGCGGUCCGUGGCGUUGCGCGCAAGUAGGAAGUGCAGGUUUGGAUGGUAAAGAGAGGAAGGGACGGAUGAGAUCACCCUUUCCAAGGCAAGGACAAGGUCCAGGUCCAGGAGGGCCGGUCCAGCUGGGCAGCUGGGGGAACGUCGGCAGGUCGGAUGGUGUCAGUAAGGCGCGGGCAGAAGCGAGGUGCGAGAGUCGGGGUAGAGGCAGGGGUUGAGAUAGCGGAUGAUGGGUUGGUGGGCAGCCCUCAGGCUAGUCAAAGUUGGAUUCGCCGGCACCCCGGGGCGAUCGAUUUGGCCCUGAAAAGAGUGGAUCCCAACGGUCCUCUCUGGGAAGAGCGUCAAGGCGCGGAUUCCUGUUAGCGGGAGGGUGGGAGACGAUGGCACCCAAUCAGUGUCAAGCCAAGGGUUGGUCGGUGUUAAUGGGCAGCCAGGGGGCACCCAACGAGAUCAAGAGCGGGAACGGCGAUGGCGUCCCGUCAAAGCUCUGGUCCCAGGAAUCAGACAGGAUGCGGCGUAGAUCCAGAAAUCCAGGCCCCUUUGGAGGCUGGAGCCGUCCUGUCUUCGGUCACGGAGAAUACCCUGGGAGGAGGAUUGAUGACGUGCUGUCCACGGGUGGGCUGUGGUUGAGGCAGCAAGAAGCAAGGCAGCAGCAGUAAGCCGAGACGCCCCUGUCGUGUUCUAUCGGCUUCCCCUCGAGGAAUUGUCCUGCAGGUAGUCCUCGGGCCGCAGGGUGUCUAAUCACGAGGUAACUCAAUGAAGAGUGAACAAAAAAGCACCGACGACUGGUGGAAUGUACGGUAAAGCUGGACACCCGAACCUGCUGGCUGUGCGGUAAUCCGCCGCCUGUGUGUUCCGUCCAGGGCUGUUUUGUGGCUGGGAAAUAGUUCAGAGAUCCUGGCAGUGGAUUGUGGAAGAGUUCCGGGCGUGUUCCAGCGGGAAAGGAGCCAGGUCUGUUUGUUUGCUGCGGCAAUAAGACGUCUUCACUUCGAGCACACAAGGUUCCCGGUGGCGGGAUCCAGAAAUUGAGUUGUUUGAUGGCCCCGUCAAAGCGGAAUUCCAGGUUGAGAACAGUGGGAAGUAUGACAAUUCGCAAGACCUGGCAAAGCGGGUUCGUUCAGUCUGAAAAGGAGAGCCCAGAACGGCGAAUUCCCUCAGGAGAAGGCUACCCGGUGACAAUGCCCUCAGGCUGGGGCAAAAAACAUCCAAUGUACGGCCCAGUGAUCCCCGUCGGUCCAGGGCUGUUGCAUCCAGCUAUGGCGAUGUCCGACUCGUCCACGCAGCGGUCCCUUGGAUUGGCUGUUGGGUCGAGAUUCUGGUGGCUGAUGGCGCCGGCGGCGGUGGCGAUAUUACCUCAGCUCUUGCCAGCCGAAGGAGAAGUGUAGGGUGGUGGGAUAGUAGGCCAGUCAGUGGUCAGGAUGGCCUUUCAGGUCGCUGAUCAGGCCCUUGCCAUGGGGGCAAUAUGGCAGUACAAAUUGCUUUUUACUUUGAGGCAGUAAUGUGAAAAAUACAACAGAGGCCGAGGCUCGAGGCACGCGAGAGCGAGAGGGUUCCAGGACUGGCCGGUCGGAGGAAACUGACAGGCACGGUGAGAGUGGAUUACCAAAACAGAGGCGCGGAUGGCACAGCAACUGGAUGCCUGUAACGUCCAAGACCCUGGGCAAGUCUCAUAAAGACAGCAGGUAUGGGGUGAAGUGCGCGGGUGAGGUAAUCCGCAGUGGGCAGUGGACAGAGCGGGUCUGGCGGUGAGUAAGAGGUAAAAAAUAGGGACGACCGAGGGGAUUCGUGACAACCCGUGCAGCCGUGCAGCCCGUGUCGGCGGUAUGGUAUGCCUUGCCCUGUCCGCAGCUGGAACCCCAGCAGGGUCGGUUUCGAAUCGAGUAGGACAGUCAGUCAGUCGGUGCUUGCACAGCCCGUUCUGGUCUGUCUCGCCUGACAAGUCGGAAUGGGAGCCCUGCAAGCCUUGCUGUGGGCUGACAAAAUGACCUGGGUCUCGGAAGAUUUAUUUGGAUGGGAGAGACAAGGCCAAUGCCAAUGCCAAUGCCAAUGCAGUCAACAAGAGCCGUACUGUUUGGUAAUGAACAAUCAAUCCUGAUUAAUGGCAGAGACUAGGCCUGAGACAAGGCCCCGUUGAGGCAGACGGACGAGGUCUUGCAUUCGGGCAUCAAAUGCAGAGGUCAGCAAAAGGCGAGCUAUGACGAAGCUGACAGUUGACAGUCGACGAGGGCCAACAAUCGACAAUCAGUCAGCAGCCUGCGAGCAGAUCGGCCUCGUUCUGGAAGGCCUGGGCAGCCGCAAAGGAGGGGAAGGCUGGGCAAAAAACAAAGGCAUUCGCCAGUCGGUUAUGAGGACGAUGGACGCGAUGAUGGGCCUCGCAUGUGGUCGCGUCCAGAAAACACGACCCACGUGUGCUGGUGUGCUGGUGUGCUGGUAUGCAAGAGGCAGACAGGACUAGCAGACUGGCAGAGAUGGUGGAAUGAAGAUGGGAGAUUACAGAGACAGAGAGAUGCACUGCGAGUGCAGUUUUGGGCAUCAACUUUGUGCAGGCAAAUUGCACAGCUCUUUCCUUCCUCUACCCAGGUACCUGCUCAUUACCAUGCGGUCGUUGAUGUCCAGACUGUCCAGUUCUUCCGUGGAAGGAAGGAACAAGAUUAAGCUCUCGACCUGCCUUGCUCGAUUCGACUCGUCCUGAGCUUGACAGCUCCAACAGAUCGACCAGAGGUUGGUUGGGUGCCCAGGUGUUAACAGAAGGUACAACCACGUGGUGUUUUCCCCCAACCAGUCGGUGCUGUCGCCCUUGUAUCCCAGAUUGCCCGUUCUUCUCGAUCCUUCCCUGCCUCUACUGUGGUAUACCCUCCUUCCUGGUACCUGCCGCCGGCAGAUCGGCUGGGCUGGCGUGGAGACAGAGACAGCCUUCUUCCUCAGGACACAGCCCGAGGGCCGAAGCUGAGCCUGACAAAGUCAAA